UUGGGCGGGGGAGAGAGGUUGCUGUGACGUCUCUCUCUACCCAUCUCCUUAACCGAAACGGCAUGCAUUUCUUCCUUCUUUAACUUCCUUUCUCCAUUCCUUCACGACAACAAUGAAAUAAACUCAUCACAAAUUCUGUCAUUUUGAUGUUUGACCAAACAAACUAAGUUCUAUAAACAAAAUAAUACAAGUUCUUUUUUUUUUUUUUUUGUGUGACAAAAACCCAAACCCAAAAACGGUUAAGAACAAGGGAAUAAAAGAGUCAUUUUCCUCUUUCCUCUCCAUAUUCUUCUCCUGAUUUUCCUCUUUUCAUUUUCUUCUCUUUUCUGGUAAUAUGAACAAGUUCUGAGCUGUGACCAUUAGACCAACAACAGUCUUUAUAUCUUCUUUUAGUUCUUUCUCUCUCCCUUUUAUUUCCUUCUCCUGUUUUAAGUUCCUAUUUCUUAAAAAAAAAACCGGCAUUCUCAUUUUAUUUUACCUCCACUUGCUGCCUCGGCUUGCUCUUCAGUUUUGUUGCAGGUCAGAGGACAAAGAUCGGUGUAAAUCAAAGAAGGACUUACAUAUGAAUAACAAAGGGAGUCAGAACGUUGCAACCUGCAAGCCUGUCACUACAUUUGUCCAAACUGACACCAACACUUUCAGAGAAAUUGUGCAGCGCUUGACAGGUCCAUCAGAGAACAACGCUGCAGCAGCAACACCAGAAGCAACAGUGAUAAAAACCGCCAUACAAAAGAGGCCGACUUCAAAGCUCCAUGAGAGAAGGCAAUGUAUGAGGCCAAAGCUUGAAAUUGUCAAACCUCCUCUAAGCUUUAAGCCCACUGGUACGACACCAUCAUCUAAAUCUGGUAAUACCAACCUUUUAACAAGUCCAGUGGGCACCCCUUCUUCAUUGUUCUCUAACUUGUCCUUGAUAGAAGGGGAGAAAGCAGAACCAGAUAGUUGUACAACAAACAUCGAAGAAGAGGAGAAAGCCAUUAAAGAGAGACGCUUUUACUUGCAUCCAUCGCCAAGGUCUAAACCAGGGUAUACAGAACCAGAAUUGCUUACUUUGUUUCCUUUAGCAUCUCCCAAUUCGAGUGGCAAACCAUAAACCCGACAA